AUGACUGUACAAGAGACCUACAAGCUUCUUAAGACCAAGAAGGUAUCCAUUAUUGGUGUUCCUUUCAAUGGUGGCCAACCCCAAGAAGGUGUUGAAAAGGGUCCCUUGCGUCUCGUUGAGUCUGGACUUGCUGCACAACUUGAAGAACUUGGAUGGGAGACUGAAUAUGAAGGCAAUGACCAUGUUGAAAAGCUUCGUCCUGAAUCCGAUCCUGUGGUGAACAACCUUCGUCAACCCAAGUUUGUAUCCGCUGUCACUCGUACCGUAGCCGACCAAAUCGUGGAGCGUGCGAAACAAGGCAAUUUUGUUCUCACGCUUGGUGGUGACCACUCUGUUGGCAUUGCCACUGUUUCCGGUGUCUUGGGUGCUUAUCCCAACGCAUGCUUGGUGUGGGUGGAUGCACAUGCUGAUAUCAACACACCUGAAGCUACUGAAUCAGGCAACAUUCAUGGCUGUCCUCUUAGUUUCCUCACUGGUUUAUCCACCGAUCACCCUGAUUUCCAAUGGGUCAAGCCCUUGUUAGAUGCCAAGAAGCUCGCAUACAUUGGUCUCCGUGACAUUGAUGCUUACGAAAAGAAGAUUAUCAAACAACUCGGUAUCCCUGCCUACUCUAUGCAUCAUGUUGACAAGUGGGGUAUUGGUCAAGUUGUUGAAAAGGCACUUGAUCAGGUCAACCCCAACCGUGAUUUGCCCAUCCACUUGUCAUUUGAUGUUGAUGCCCUUGACCCCUCCGUUGCCCCAUCCACUGGUACUCCUGUACGUGGCGGCUUGACUUUCCGUGAAGGACAUUACAUUUGUGAAGCCUUGGCAGAGACUGGAUUGUUGGUGGCUGCUGAUAUCAUGGAAGUAAACCCUGCAUUGGAGGAUGAGAAUGCUGUGUUCAAGACCGUUCAAGUAGGCUGCUCGCUGGCUCGUUGCUGCCUUGGAGAAGCGUUGUUGUAG